UGCCCCUGUGUACUGUACUGUACUGUACUGAUGCCACUCUCAUCUCAUCUCCCUCGGCGACAAGCCGCACGCGGGUGGCUUCACCGGCGGAGCAGCGCAGCUGACGUGGGUCCACUCUCCCAGGCCCCCCACUGCCUCAUCUCCUCGCCACGAGGCCCCAUCGCCGGGAGAUCGGCUCACCGCCCCCACUGCUGGAAGAGCUAGCCUAUAGCCUAGGAGUAGCCUGCUGCCGCUCCACUCUACGAGUCUCCACCGCUAUUAUUACCCCUACUACCGCUUGAUUACAAAUCGUGAACGCUUGUGGUGGCAGCAGCGGCCACCGGCAGCGCGACCCACACCCGGCAGCAACACCGCGUGCGGCUCACUGGCUCCCGCCUCGACCUCGAUCGGUCAUCGCCAGCGAAGCUUCGCCUUAGCCGGGCCUGCGCUGCGAGAGGAGGAGGAGGCGAUGGAGCGGACGCGGCGGCUCCUGCUGUCGGACUACGACGGCGCGAUCGAGUCGCCGCUGCCGUCGCCGCCGCCGCCGUCCUCGGCCACGCCGUUCCGUCCCGGGGUGGCCGUCGUGGUCGGCAUCCUCACCAGCGUCUUCUCCAUCACGUUCCUCCUCCUGCUCUACGCCAAGCACUGCAAGCGCAGCGCCGCGGAGUCGUCGGGGCCCUACGGGAGCGCCGGCGGCUCCGGGUCCUCUGGCGCCGGUGGCGCGGGCGGCGGGGACCGGAGGAACUCCGGCGUCGACCGCGCCGUCGUCGAGUCCCUGCCCGUGUUCCGCUUCGGCGCGCUGCGUGGGCAGAAGGAAGGACUCGAGUGCGCCGUCUGCCUUGGCCGGUUCGAGCCCACCGAGGCUCUCCGGCUGCUGCCCAAGUGCCGCCACGGAUUCCACGUCGAGUGCGUCGACACCUGGCUCGACGCGCACUCCACCUGCCCGCUCUGCCGCUCUCGCGUCGACCCGGAGGAUGUCCUCCUCCUCCCGGAGCCGCCCAAGCCGUCUACCACGGGACCCCCUGACCCGCCAGAGACGAAGGUGGCGGCGGCCAAAGAGUCAGCUCCGGCUCCGCCUCCUGCUCCAGCUCCAACGCCCGUGCAGUCUGGGCGGAGGAUCUCUGGCCGGCACUCGACGGGUUCCGUGCGCGCGCCCGGGCGCGUCGGCCCGGCCUCGCGACGUUCGGCCGACGGCGGCGUCGCGGUCGGGUGCUUCGACGGCGCCGCCAAGGCGCGCAAGGACCGGGUUCUGCUGGUGGAGCCGGCGGCCAUGGUGGCGGAACCUGACCCGGUGGCGCUCGACCGGCGGUUCGGGCACCGCAUCCUGGUGAGCACCGCGGGCGGUUGCGAGGGCGAGACAGCGCCCGCGGCGCAGCAGCGUUGGAGCGACCUGCGUCCGUCCGACCUCAUGUUCGUCCGCGCCGAGUUCCUCGUCACGGAGGCCGGCCGCUACUCCUGCUCCGCGGCCGUCGUCAACUCCGGCGGUAACGCCAGGAGCGCCAUCGGCGUGCGGAGCCUGUCGGAGCUGGCGGCCGGGGUACGCCGCCUCCCGCCCAUCCGCGCCGGCGCGUGCGAGGGCGAGCCACGAGCCGCUGGCGGUGGCGCACGGCGGUGGCCCGGGUCGAGCUGGUGGGCGCCGCGUGGGGCCACGCCCGGGCGUAACGGCCCUAUCGCCUAGGCCUGCGUGGCUCGGGACCCCACGUUGCAGCCGGGAGAAGAAAGUUUUUCCGCCGUCGACGUCGUUCAUGCCAGAUGCCACGCAAUUGCACAGAUCAGUAAAGCGGCGGGGCGGGGCGGCUGGCCGCUCUCCGUGGUCGCCGGCGCGUCACGUGAUGGGCAGCGUGGGAAUUAUGUAUUGGCGGGGAGGGGCCCUCCCUACUUUCGUCCGGGGCCACGCCGGCCGGCCUCGGAAGCCGCGCCGGAGAGCGAGGAGGAGGCGCGGAAGGGAUGUCGCUUUCGCGGGAAUCUCGAGGCGGGAUGUGUUGGUCCUGCUGGCUGGUAGUGUACGUGCGGCGCGGAUUGGCUGCGUCCCGCUCGUCCCGCCCCGCAGAUGCCGCCGCGGGCAUCGAGGCUUGGCCGCGCCGCGGAUCCCCUGCGGCCGGGCCGGACGGGAGGCGCGGCGAUCGGUCGAGCGCUGUGCCGCUGUGUGCCGUGCCGUGCGCCUGUGGCCGUGUCCCGUGCGUGCGUGCGGCUGCGCUUGCGCAGGUGAGGAAUUGGCGCCUUGCGUCGGCCGGGUCGGGGGUUAGGGAACCAUACGAAAGCUGAAGCGUGCUUUGUGUAGUUGUACUGCUGCCUGCGAAAAAGUUCUUUUGUCUCGCUGUGCAUGAGGAGGAAGAAAAGUGCCUCGGCCUUUUGGUGUACUA